AUGUCUGGGGGUCUACCUACCCCGGUUAGAAGCCCUGGGAGCGACGGCUCUCCCAAAUCGCAACCAACAAGCACCAAGAAGACGGAUUACUUCUCCCUCGAUAGAAGAACGAGUCCCCUCUCCCGAUCUGCUUCAGCGCAAAAUAGUGCAAAGAGCACUCCUCACGCAGGGUUGGUACAACGGGCCGUUGCCGAACCCAAGGGCAAGGGGAAGGAGACUGCCGAAAGCACGGGAGAUGCUAGCGCAACAACUCCAGGCGAGACAGCUUCUAGUGCAGGGAGUAGUGGUCCUCCAUCUAGAAAAGCAUCUAUAUCGUCUAUAUCAUUUGCACCUCCUCGACACCCAUCGCUUCCCCAAGGCAUUAAGAAACCACACGCUGGAAGUCGAAUCCGCGCAGCGUCUCCACCACAUCGUAGCUCCCAAGGCUAUUCGAGCGAGAGUGAGAGCGAGAGAACCGGCGCGACCGCACUUCUUGGCGGAAACUCUUUUGCGACCGAAGAGCAAAUUUCGUCUGCUAUUACAUCAUAG